CUUUCUGCUGUUUUCCGACUGAACUUUUCCCCGGAGCCGCUGAAUGAGAGCAGCUCGCGGCGUGCUGUGCGCUGAUCGUCACAAGCGAAGGUUCACCCCAGGAGCCUAUUGGAGAAGAGGUGUCACGUGAUAACAUCAAGCAAAUGUUUUUCUACAACAGUGUCAGGACCCUGUCAGUUAUAAAAAUAAGCGUUGGGAAACAGAAAAAUGCACAACGCAACCUACUGCGGUUUGCCUAUUUACAGUGGCUGCUCCAGUCAACGUGCAAAUGGAUUGGGUUACGAUGACAAUCAGCAGAACUGUUUUUCAGCUUUUCAUGAGGAAAGUGACGACCAACGACCGGCCUGUUCAUUGCAGUCCUUCAAUGCCUCAGCGACGCUUCACAAACUUGAAGCCUGCUCGCAAAACAAAGGAACACAACAUACACUAGAAGACAACGAUCGUCUGUCCCCAUAUAACGUAGCCCACAAUUCAGGCAGUGGGCAAAAUGUAAACAAUGCAGGCCACGAUUCCCUACCAUCAGCCACCAGCAAGCAAAUAUUUCCCUGGAUGAAAGAGUCACGCCAGAACAUCAAGCAGCAAAAAUCCAGUAGGCGUAUCACAAGUUCAGACAGUUGUUCAGAUGACAAAAGCCCAACCAACUCUCACACCUCUAAGCGUGCACGCACUGCUUAUACCAGCGCACAGCUUGUCGAGCUUGAGAAAGAAUUUCAUUUUAAUCGCUACCUUUGUCGCCCACGGCGGUUGGAGAUGGCAAAUCUGCUCAAUUUGUCUGAGAGGCAAAUAAAGAUCUGGUUUCAGAAUCGCAGAAUGAAGUACAAGAAAGAUCAGAAAGGACAGUCUUUGAGUAGUCCUGUUCCACCAACUUCAGGGUCUGUGGCCAUGGGAGAGGACUUCGUAAGCUCAUUAGAUUCCAUGGUAAACAGCAUGAGGUGCAACACUUUGUCCCCAACAGUAAAUACCAAUGCUCAGAGAAACCCCUACAGCCUGUCUGGAUCAUAUCCACAAGCCUUUACCAGUACGUUUAACAACGGCCCAUCUUCUCAAAAGACAUACCUGGGGACCAGUUCAGCCAUGACUGAGUCUGACAUGCAUAAUUGUCAAGGUAACACUCACUUCUGUGUGCAAACACAGGGCAGUAGUGUGCAUGUAGAUACUAAUGGAACCUAUGCAGAUAGCAUUAGCAGCAGUGGGAGCUCAAUUUAUGACCUGCCACAACUCCCUCAAGCUGUUCAUGGCAAUAUAGACUAUAACACUGCUAUUAUAAUAGGGAACAGCCAUCAUGAUGGAACACUUGAACUGUCUCAGUGUGCAUACUCAGACUUUACACCACACUGCUCUCAGGGAAGAAUUCAAGAAGCACCUAAGCUGACAUACCUAUAACAGU